GAUCACACACAUGGCUUUGCCAAGAAGAUUGAUUGAUAGAUGAUCUCAUAGAUAGAUAAUAGCAGAGGAAGAACUGUUCAUACUUUUGCUGCAUGUGAAUGUCUAUGAGCUAGUGUGUGAGAGAAGUUGCCAGGAGUCAAGGCUAACAGAGGAAUGAAGAUGCCAGGAGUCAAGACUAACAGAGGAAUGAAGUUGCUGCUUCUCUGCACUAUGUAUCUGCAGCUCACUCAUGGAGAAGGUAUCAAGUGUGACAGCCUAGCCGUCCCGCAACAUGGAAGUGUGGAGGUACAUGGAGGGUUGAGCAGGGACACUCAAGUAGGGGCCGUGGCAGUGUACAGCUGCAACGUUGAUCACGUUCUGGUGGGUGUGGUCAAUCGCACAUGUACCAUGGACAGUUCAUGGACUGGAGCCCCACCCACUUGUGUUGCUGCUUGCCCACCUCCACCACCACUGGCAAAAGGGCGUAUGUUGCGGACAUGGACAUCAAGUGAUCCAUUAGGUACUGUAGCUGUCUAUGGCUGUGUGGAGGGCUUCACCACGGCUACUGGGAGACCUACUAUUAGUAUCAAUUGUGGCAAAGACAGGCAGUGGGGAGAGCUGCCCGUGUGUGAAGUUGUGAGAUGUGAGGAAUUGAAGUCACCUGAUAAUGGACUUGUGUACUUGACCAAUGAAACGUUAGUCGGCUCUGUAGCCUACUAUAACUGCAGCCAUGGUUACCAGAUUAGUGGUAACAGUGCUCGUACCUGCUCUGGUGAUGGACAAUGGUCUGGCAAUGCAACACUGUGUAAGAGCACUGCUAGUGGCACUGAUAUAGGCACUUCUACAGGCACUACAGGCACUGAUACAGGCACUACUACAGGCACUACUACAGGCACUGAUACAAGCACUACUACAGGCACUGCUACAGGCACUGAUACAAGCACUUCUACAGGCACUGAUACAAGCACUGAUACAAGCACUUCUACAGGCACUGAUGCAGGUGGUGUUUCCACCGCUCCAAGAACUGCACUGACUUGGCUCUACCAGGCUGUCAUAUCCGUCAUAUGUGUCCUUACAAUGAUCGUUCUCAUCAUGGUGGCAACUAUCGCCGUACUUUGUGUUAAGAGGAGGAAAUAUAAAACAAUGCAGAUGACCAUGGACCUGACAACUCUGAACGAUACUUCACUCAACAAUCCAGUAUACGAAGGUAAUCAAAGGCUGUCGUUCCAUCUGUCGGGUUCGAAUGUCAAUAUGAGUCAAUACCAGAUCCAAGAUUCCAUUCGUGGUUCCAGUGAGUCCAUUUAUGAACAGCUCUCUGAGCAAGGGACGCUAAGACCACCACCAGCAUCUCUACCACGCCCCAGCCUUCACUACGCACCAUCUCUACCACCCCCCAACCUUCACUACGAGAUGGCCUCACUUGUAACACCGUCUUCUCUGCAGUCAGUGGAUUACCUGUACGAUGUGUGGGCGGAUAGCGGGCAUCACUAUGACACUGCUAGCAACUACAAGUCAAGUCUGUACGAUCUACCAGCGUCACCCUAUGAGAUACCCACACCCACAAGCAAAGUGUCCAUGGCUGAUAUCUAUGGUAGUCUAUACAACAUUCUUCAUGAUCAUGUGACCUCUCCCUCGUCAUCACCUGCUGGUUCACCACUCAAGCUCUGCAGAAAGAGCCAGUCACGAUCUUCCCUGGACCAAGUGUUCUUUACUGAGAGUGAUGUGUACUGGAGACCAGCCACCAACUCUGCCAGUCUCUAUGAGCAGCUGGCUAGGAACAGAUACAGGGAAAUACUCAGAGAACAAAUACAAGUGACUGUACACUUGGGCUCUGGCCAGUUUGGUAUGGUGAACAAAGGUUUGUGGCAAUCUCCAGUGGGUGUGAAGGAGGUAGCUAUCAAGACUCUCAAGACCACCUCCAAUGAGGAAGACAAAGUCAAGUUCCUCCAGGAGGCGGCCAUUAAUGGACAGUUCCAGCAUCCCAACGUGGUCAAGUUGUACGGGGUGGUCACCAUGGGAGACCCUGUGAUGAUUGUACUGGAGAUUCUCGUGAAUGGAGACCUUCGAAACUAUCUUAUCAAACUACGGCCAGAGCCAGGAGAGCUAGUGCCAUCAAACACUCCACAGAUGCUGCUCCAGUUCUGUACUGACGUAGCCGCUGGGAUGGUGUACCUCUCUAGCAAAGCAUUCGUACACAGGGACCUAGCUGCCAGGAACAUACUGCUCACUAAAGGCAAGACAUGCAAGAUUGGUGAUUUUGGCCUCUCGAGAGAUUUGGAGGAUGAGAGUUACUACAUAUCUCACGGAGGGGAAAUCCCUGUCAAGUGGACAGCCCCAGAGGCGCUCCAUUACAAGAAAUACUCGACAGCCAGUGAUGUGUGGAGCUUUGGUUGUGUAAUGUACGAGAUAUGGAGUCUGGGGCACAAACCAUUCAGAGGGUGUUCCAACACCGAGGCGGUGAAUUUGCUUGACCGUGGGUUUCGACUUCCUCCUCCACCUGGCUCUGCCAGAGAGGUGUACCAGAUCAUGAUACAAUGCUGGCAUCCUGCUACAUUUCACAGACCAACAUUUACUGAGCUGUAUCAGAGGGUCUGUGUCGACAUGUCCCCCCUCCCACAAGAGACCACACCCAGUGAAGCCGCACCCCAUCACCUGACUGUGCUCGGAGGAUCACUGGAGACUGGCAAAGACUUGUAUCCCGACCUGCAGAACUUGUACACUUGACAAGGCAAUUGCUAAAUAACAUUUUGCAUUAUACUUGAAAAAAUACUCUUAUCUUAUGUUUCCA